UUGACAAUUGGAGUUGGUUUAAUUAAACAAAAAGACACAAUGUUGUGUAUAAAGAAAUUAUACCAUGAGGAACUAUUCCAACUUGCAUUACUACUUUCUUUAUUACGACUGGAUCCAGAAUCCUACUUUGGUUUAGACAUUCAAACCAUUGGUGUAGGUUCUUUAGAUCUAAACAAUGGUUCUAGAUGGCACACAGAUGCUGAUACAAUAGUUCAUCGCCCCAUGUUUGUUCAUCCAAAAAAUUUAGAUUCAAUGCUUUUAAAUUAUGAGAGAGAUUUGUUUGAAGACUUAAAUUCAUUAGGAAGAUACAAUAGAAUAAAUUCUAAUUUAAAUAACAUCCAUGCAUAUUUACUAAACGUUGAAGAAUCAGCAAGAGAUAUUGCUAUAGCAGGACCCAGUAUAUCACUUUCUACAGACCCAUCUAGGAAUAUGACAUCGCCAGAUCCAGAAAACUCACCGCAAAGUUCUAAUGAACCAACUAAUACGGCAGAACUUACUCAAGAGGACAUGGAUUUAAUCGAAGUGCUCUGGAAGCAAGAUGUGGACCUCGGAUUUACAUUGGUCGAACCAACAACAGCUACGAAAAAGGUGUCCACAUCGGAGAAAAGAAGCGACGAUGAAAUUGAAAAGUUGAAAGCCUUAGAAGCGAUCAAUGCGAGCAACGAAAAGAAAGAUACAAAGGAAUAUGAAGAAGAACCAGAUGAUCCUUGGGCAGGCCUUCCUUAUACCGUUGAUCUCGAAACUGGUGAAUAUAUUCUCAGUUCUGGCAAUCAAGAAGAAAGUGAAAAUAACACGAUCGAAGAGGAAGAUCAGCUUCUUGCAGACGCGUCUUUGGAUUUAAACAAUCAUCCGUUGGCUGGAUUAACAGAUGAUUCUUUGGGAUUAACCGGCACAUUAGAGCUCGAGAAUGACUUCCCUUCAGACUUACUCGGAGGUAGUCUCUUAGGAAGCGCAGCCGUCGAAGGUCUACUCAACAACGAUACUCUGGGCCUUCCCGACGGAUUCAAUCUCGAAGAGGCGCUACAAUUGGUUGGCCUCGAUGAAACUCAAUCAGAGGAAACGAAGCCGGAAGUGAAGAAGAAGAAAGAAGAUAGCACCGGAGGAGAAUCCACGAGUGCAGAGGGCGAAACGGCUAUUAUCAGCUCGAGCAGUGGCGAGGUCGCGAAGUCAUCUAGGUGCGAGGAUCCUGAAACCGGCGACAUGAUUCACACACCGCAGUUUCAUCAUCCCCAUCAUCCACACCAUCGUUCCUUCCAGGGUCGCAUGCCAUUCAUGCGAGCAAUGAGUAUGGAACAACGGUGGCAAGAUCUGGCGUCUCUUUUAUCACUACCUGGUGCACCAGACCACUUUGCACAUCCCGCACAUCCUGGAUACCCAGGGCACGGUAUAAGCCACAGUCAUUAUGAAACACAACGUAAUGUAUUGCUUCAUAAUGCCACUCUGCCCCCACCGGUGGGCGAUCUUAAUUCGACGAGUCCCUAUCACAAUGUGGCCGUGGCAACAUCAAUGAAUUUAACAAACAGCAGUGAACCGAUGGGUGCAGAAAGCGGAGCAGCUUACAAAUCUGAGCCGGCAGAUAUGAUGUAUUACCAUACACCAACUUCUGAUUCAAUCAAUCAAACAACUGAUGGUUUUCUUUCAUCUCUUCUUAAUGACGAGGAUUUACAUCUAAUGGAUAUGGGCAUGAAUGACGGCAUGUACACCAUGCGCAUGCUAGAUAAUAGUAAUAAUAACACCUCUGGUCCAACGGGAGCAGCAGCUUUGUCAGGAGUUCAAACAACUGGUGGUGCGACCUCUUCGGCAACAGGCGUUACGACACUUCCGGGUGUAACAGACGAAAGGAUGGAUGCGUCCAGCGAUAGUGCUGUCAGCAGCAUGGGCAGCGAACGUGUACCAUCCCUUUCGGAUGGUGAAUGGAUGGAAACUGGAUCUAAUUCUAGCCAUACCCAAGCUGAUUCUCAUUAUACUAUGGAUUAUGCUAGCAAGUAUCGCAUGACGUACGACUGCAGUUAUUCCGUUUCCGGAAGAAACGCUGGUUCUUCAAGAUGUCAAGCCGAGCGCACUAUGCCUCCAGUCGCCCAGAAAAAGCAUCAAAUGUUUGCAAAACGCUACUUCCAGGAACAGGGAACUGGUUCUCCUCUCGGAGCUACAGCACACCCGACAACUCCAAUGAAAUAUGAAUACGAUUCGCAUACAGUCGGUGCUGGUGCACCAGGAAACGCUUAUUCAGGUCCGAUUGAGGGUGCAGCUGGGCCUCAACUUGAAAUGAAAUAUAGUUGUAGUGUAGAUUUCAGUCGUCAUCAGUCAGGACGUUCCGCUAUAGAACACGUUCAUCAUAAUCACACGUAUCAUUUACCCGCAGAAAGUUCUGGAUCUCUUCAACGUCCAGUUUCUCGCGAUAAAAAAGUGCGUAAAAGUGAAAGUGAAGAGCAUCUGACUAGAGACGAGAAGAGAGCAAGGGCGUUGAGCGUGCCUAUUCCAGUGACCGAUAUUAUUAAUCUUCCUAUGGACGAGUUUAACGAACGUCUUAGUAAAUACGAUCUCAGUGAAGCUCAAUUAUCUUUGAUACGUGACAUUAGAAGACGAGGAAAGAAUAAAGUUGCCGCUCAAAAUUGUCGCAAGCGUAAAUUAGAUCAAAUCAUUAGCCUUGCCGAUGAAGUGAAAGAAAUGAGAGAUCGCAAAAUGAGACUUAUUCGCGAACGAGAGUUUAUGCUUAUCGAAAGGCAACGCGUAAAAGACAAAUUUAGUCAACUUUAUCGUCAUGUAUUUCAGUCUUUACGGGACCCGGAUGGCAAUCAAUAUCAUCCAUACGAGUACAGUCUUCAACAAUCAGCUGAUGGUAAUGUCUUGUUAGUGCCAAGGAAUCAGACGAAUCCUCAUCAUCCACGUUCCACGACGAUGGAACCAAAAACAAAAACUGAUCCUGAACAUAAAGAAUGAAAUUAUGGAAGAAUCGCGUUUUAAAACGUUUGAUAAGAGAAAUUAUAUUUUCCUUAUAUAUUAAACGCACUGGAAGCGUGGCAAACAUGAACGAAGGUGCUGAGAAGGAAAAUCAUUUGCGGCUUUGAAUACACUAAUAAAAAGUUUGUAUAGAAAGCACGUUGCUUAAUAUUCAAUAUCUCAGAUCAUGUUUGUUUAAAUAAACAAAGAAAAUUUUUUAAAGAUACUUCAGAGACUCACAUUGAGUUAUGUCCCUUACGACUGGAAUAUGAUCACCAAACGUAGAAACACUGAUUGUACAUAUAGUAAUGUAGCGUAAAAUAAUAAAACGUAAAUAGAAAAAAAGUAGGCAACACUUUAAAAAUCUACGUUGUAUCGAAGCAACAAAAUUUUCGUUUAUUAUUUUAAACACUUAUAUGGUUAUAAGUGCAUUGAUCUUUC